AUGCCCUCAAUAUUGUCCGACGAUGACAAAGAGACGGUUAAGCGUCAGGUCCCCAAGCAGUCCAACAAGAUCCAGGCUGUAGCGGUUGCUAGACUCUACAUUGCCUACCCCAAUCGGCAGAAAUGGACAUAUACCGGUCUUCAAGGGGCGGUAGUCCUUGCAAAUGACUUGGUGGGGAAUACAUACUGGCUCAAGCUGGUAGAUGUCUCUUCUGCCAAUCGAGGGGUAAUAUGGGAUCAGGAAAUCUACGAUACAUGGUCAUACAAUCAAGACCGGACCUUCUUUCACACUUUCGAAACAGAAGAUUGUCUCGCGGGGUUGUCUUUCGUGGAUGAGAAGGAAGCCAAGACCUUUUUGAAGAAGAUGAAUGAUCGAGAAAAGAAUGCUAGUAAAGCGACCAAAGCAAAUCCAUACGGGGGCCCAGGAGUUCAAGCUGGUGGAGGACAUAGGCAUGGUCUAUUAGGAGGAUUGUUUGGUGGACACAGGCACUCUUCUGCCCCCUCUAUGCAACCUACGCCUCCGGAAUCUCCAAGUUAUGUACUCCCACCAGCACCGGUUCAUAGAGACUCAGGAAGCUCCAUUGGAGGGAGAUCACAAUUUUCUGCGCUAGACGCCAUUGACCCUAAUUGGAGAGAAACGUGGGGCGACGAUUUGAAGCAGAUGGGUAUUACAGACGAUCUCAUUAGGGAUAACCAAGAUUUCAUUGCGGAUUAUAUCAGGCAGCAACAAGCUGCACAGGUGUCUACCCCGGCACCAAAUGGAAUUGAGAACCAGAGAGCAAAGGCACCUCCUCCACCCCCGCCUCCUGCGGCACCUUCAAGACCUCGAUCCGAAAGCCCUCAUAAUGCGUCAGGAGGUCGUGGAAGAGGAGCACCACCAGCACCACCCCCAGCGAGAAGAUCUGGUGCAAAGACUGAUAUCCCGAGAGAGCCUACACCUCCAAGAGAACCUUCACCACCAAGAGGACCACCCCCACCAAGAUUUGCUGCUCCACCUCCUUUCCCAGAUGCAGGGAAGUUCGCUCAUAUCAAAGACAAAGCACCAUCGAGAGCACACGCAGCAUCAUUAUCAAAUCCUGGGCCACCUCCUCCGCCCAGACCUCCAAAGACUCCUGUGGACGACUCUUACGAACCUGGAGAAUCCGGAUCAAAAUUCGGUGUACCGCCUCCUUUUCUGGGAGAACGAAAGGUUGGUCCGCCCCCAACACCAAGUCGAGGACCAGUACCACCGCCUCCUCCCCGAGAGAGUACUCCAUUCCCUCAUACUCAUUUUGUUCCGCCUUCAAACGCUCCUCCUCCACCGUUACCUCCAAAAAAUCCUUCAGGUCCUUCAAGUGGACCGUCGAGUCCACCUCCUUUACCUCCUUCGUCGACUCGGCCGAUACCUCCUCCUCCAUCGAGAGACAAUGGACCAUCACAGCCACCGCCAUUGCCUCAAUCAAAUGCACCCCCUCCACCUCCUUUACCUUCGUCCAACGCUCCCCCGCCACCUCCUCUUCCACAAUCAAACGCUCCACCACCACCUCCAUUACCGCAUUCAAAUGCCCCACCCCCACCACCAAUGCCAUCAGGAAGCGGACCUCCACCA